GUUUCCUGCCUCCCCUGCCCCGGCCGAGAAGGGACGGAGCCUGGGGCCCCCCACUCCUCGGCCUAUUGCUCGGGCGAUACCGUGCCGCUCCGUCCUCUGAGCCGCGGGGGGAAGGUCAAAGGGCAAUGUCCAAGGGGCCCCUUCCUGUUUGGAGAAGAGACAGGGGGAGCAGGAAGAGGACGGAGGGGGGCUCUGGAAGAAGCCUCAGAGACCGGGCUGUUUCCCUGAUCCCCUAGGCCAGGUUUGGGACGCUGCGUCGUCAAAGAUGCAGAGGUCUCCGUCGGUCCUCUCGGCGACAGCUCUGCUCCUCUUCCCGCUCCUUUCCGUCGCCCCGGUCCCUCCUGGAGAGACCCAAGCUGCCCUGCGCCUCUCCAAAGCACACACCUGCCUGGGGUGCGUGCUGGUGGUGUCUGUGAUCGAGCAGCUUGCCCAGGUCCACAAUUGCACCGUAAUGGCCGCCAUGGAGCGACUCUGCGGCUACCUGCCCGAAAAGUUGUUCCUGAAGAGCUCCUGCUACGUGAUGGCUGAUAUUUUUGGACCGGACUUGAUCAGACUGCUGAGCACUAGGGUGAACGCGGACGUGGUGUGCCAUGCCAUCAAGCUGUGCCCCCACGAUGCAGGAAAUCCACUCUGUCAUCUCUACCCGCCGCCCGAGGAGGGGUUGGAAAAGGCGUUGAAGAAGGCAGAAACAAUCGUUGAAAACUCCCAAACCUUGAAGCGUCUCGGGACACCUGCGAACAUCUGUUCCAUCCCUCCUCUGGCCAAGCUCUGCCAGGAAAUUGAAAAAGUGAUAAACAACCAUUUACCUCUUGAAGACUUGGAUGAGGACAAAUAUAGUGUUUUCCCAACUUUAAGGGGCUAUCACUGGAGAGGUAAAGACUGCAACGACAGAGAGAAGGCCGUGUAUCCAGGCAGACGCUCCGUGAACUGGGAUGUGCUCCAGGAUUCUAACUGCAAUGGCAUUUGGGGCGUGGACCCAAGAGAUGGGACUCCAUAUGAGAAGACUUUCUGCCACGGUUCUGGAGCCAGGGGCAUCAUCCUGCUAGGGGACUCAGCUGGCGCUCACUUCCACAUCCCUCCAGAGUGGCUCACGGCGACGCAGAUGUCUUCCAAAUCCUUCUCUAACCUCCCGACAGCCAUGACCAAUGAACUGGACUGGCCUCAGCUUUCGGGCAUGACCGGGUUUCUGAACUCCACCCAAGGAAAUGAGAACUCGGUUUACCUCCGCUUACGUCAGCGGAACCGCUGCAAUCACAGAGACUACCAGAGUAUCUCCAAGAACGGGGCAUCUUCCGAGAACCUUCUCCGCUUCAUAAAGAGUUUGUCCAGGCAGCAAUUGUUGGAUCAUCCAGCUCUGGUCAUCUACUCCAUGAUUGGGAAUGAUGUUUGCAAUGGGAAAGCGGACACCACUGCCUAUAUGACCAGCCCCUCGGCCAUGCGCUCUCACGUCCUGGAGGCCCUGCGGAUCCUGGAUUCCCGCCUCCCCCAGGGCAGCCACGUGGUUCUCAGCGGCCUGGUGGACGGACGCUUCCUGUGGGAUCAUUUGCACGACAGACUCCACCCUCUCGGGCAGUUGAAUAAAGAUGUCACCUACAAGCAGUUUUACACGUUCCUCAGCUGUCUUCAGGUGAACCCCUGUGAGGGGUGGAUGUCUACGAACGAGACCCUCAGAAAUUUCACCUCGGAGAGAGCUGCCCAGCUUUCCCGCGUGCUUCGGGAAGUCGCCGCCCACGAGGCCUUCGCCAGCUUCAGGCUGUUCUACGUCAACUACCCGCUCCAGGAGAUGGCCGAGGAGUGGAAGAAAAGAGGAGGCAAACCCUGGCAGCUGAUAGAACCGGUUGACGGCUUCCACCCGAGCGAGGUGGCUUUGGCCUUGCACGCAGAGUUCUUCUGGACCGCACUUCUCCGCCGGUGGCCCCAAGCCCUGGGAAAGGUGAACCCAUUCAACGACCGGAUCGAGAAGCUGUUCGGAGAUCAGGGAGGUCACUGACGUCCUGGUGGGGUGGUCCCCGUGAGACCGACCGGUGGCCCUCACGGGGGCAGAAAGCCUGGAGGGGCUCAAAAAGACUCAGGUAGAUUCAGCCCAUGUCGAAGGUCCUGACGGUCAAAGAGGCUCUGUCCCCGAGGAGCCGAUUAAUUCCUCAUCGGAGCCGGGAGCGGGGAUUCAACGCCACAAGCGAGGCGAGCGUUCCUUCCUUCCUUCCUUUAUUCAUUCAGUGUGUGCAGAGCACUGUACUAAGCGCUUGGGAGAGUAUGAUACAAUAGACUCAUUCCCUCCCCCCAAGGAGCAAGGUCUUGGCCUUCAGGAGGUUGCCAAAGGUUCCAGUCAAAUCUAUGAGUUAUAUUUGAGCGCUUACUGUGUGUGCAGCACUGUAAUAACAGUAAUUAUGGCAUUUGUUAAGCACUUACUGUGUGCCAAGCACUGUACUGAGCGACACCUGGUUGCCGCCAUAUUUUUCGCCCCACAGAAAUCAGUAUGAGCAGAAUUCUGAGCAGGCCAAGGCUUCUGCCAAGGUGGGCUAGGACCCCUCUAAGCUCUGUUCCCCCUCCCUUAAUUCCACCCCUUCCGUCAUAACCUGCUUCCCCUCCUCACCCAACCUCCCAGUGCACAUUGCAAACCUACCGUCCUGGAAAUAAACAAUAAAAGACAUGAUCGCUGCCCUGUC